AGACAAAGAGAGCGAUUUGUAAGAGCAUGCUCAAAAGAACCAUCGCCCUCACAUCCAGUGCUCGCCACACAUUUGAAGUAUGGGGUGGAAUCAAUGGUGUUGGCAGCGACUGUAAUCGUUGUAUCAGUGAUGGAAAUAACGGUGAUAGUACAAUUGAUGUUGCUGUUGGUGAUGGGGCAAUUGAUGGUGGAAUUGGUGAUGGGGCAAUUGAUGGUGGAAGUAGUGGUGGUGGCGCAGUUGGGGCAGGUGGUGGCGCAGUUGGCGCCGGUGGUGGUGCAGUUGGUGCCUGUGCUGGGGCAGUUGGGGUCGAUGGUGGCGCAGUUGGCGCCGGUGGUGGUGCAGUUGGGGCUGGUGGUGGCCCAGUUGGCAUCGGUGGUGGUGCAGUUGGAGCCGAUGCUGGGGCAGUUGGCGCUGGUGGUGGUGCAGUUGGGGCCGGUGGUGGCGCAGUUGGCGCCGGUGGUGGCGCAGUUGGCGCCGGUGGUGGUGCAGUUGGUGCCGGUGUGGUGCAAUUGGUGCCGGUGGUGGUGUUGGGGGCCGGUGGUGGUGCAGUUGGUGCCGGUGUGGUGCAAUUGGUGCUGGUGGUGGUGUUGGGGGCCGAUUGUGGUGCAAUUGGUGCCGGUGGUGGUGCAGUUGGUGUCAGUGGUGGCGCAGUUGGCACCGGUGGUGGUGCAGUUGGUGCCGGUGUGGUGCAAUUGGUGCCGAUGGUGGUGUUGGGGGCCGGUGGUGGUGCAGUUGGUGCCGGUGUGGUGCAAUUGGUGCCGGUGGUGGUGUUGGGGGCCGGUGGUGGUGUAGUUGGUGCAGGUGGUGUCGGUGGUGGUGCAGUUGGUGCAGGUGGUGCCGGUGUGGUGCAAUUGGUGCCGGUGGUGGUGGUGUUGGGGGUCGGUGGUGGUGCAAUUGGUGCCGGUGGUGGUGUAGGUGGUGCAAUUGGUGCCGGUGGUGGUGUAGGUGGUGCAGUUGGUGCCGGUGUGGUGCAAUUGGUGUUGGUGGCCGGUGGUGGUGCAGUUGGCGCUGGUGGUGGCGCAGUUGGUGACGCUGGUGGUGCAGUUGGUGCCGCUGUGGUGCAAUUGGUGUUUGGGGCCGGCGGUGGUGCAGUUGGUGCCGGUGGUGGUGCAGUUGGUGCCGACGGUGGUGGUGUAGUUGGCACUGGUGUUGGUGCAGUUGGCGCUGGUGGUGGCGCAGUUGGGGCCGGUGGUGGCGCAGUUGGGGCCGGUGGUGGUGCAGUUGGUGCCGGUGUGGUGCAAUUGGUGUUGGGAGCCGGCGGUGGUACAGUUGGCGCCGGUGGUGGUGCUGUUGGUGCCGGUGUGGUGCAAUUGGUGUUGGGGGCCAGCGGUGGUGCAGUUGGUGCCCGUGGUGGUGCAGUCGGUGCCGGUGGUGGUGGUGCAGUUAGUGCCGGUGCGGUGCAAUUGGUGCCGGUGGUGGUGUUGGGGGCCGGUGGUGGUGCAGUUGGUGCCGGUGGUGGUGUUGGGGGAAUUGAUGGUGAGCAUGGUGGUGGUGGUGGUGGUGGUGCCGCCUUCUCACUGCUUAUACACAUGCAUAUGCCCAGCAACCUCAAAACAUGAAUCAAAACAAUGAUCAUAAUUGAUAAUCUAUUAUUAGACAAUUUCCGGACACAUCUUCCAAACAUUGCAGUUUGUGAAUGGAUGCGCGUUAGUAUUAUAGUUUGGGAACAAGUCUUUCCAGAUUUUUUUUGGAAUAUGAUACCUGAACUCUGAUGAUUGAUGUGAUGCAUAUAUUGACAGGUACUCAGUUCAGAAG